AUGGUCCCUGCUGGCCGUGACCUCGGCCCCGAGAAAGUGGAUGAGCACCGACUGCGGAUGCACGAGACCUUGAGUCAUCUUUUGGCGCCACAUAUUCAACAGGUGGUCGAAUUCGCUAAGCGCAUUCCAGAUUUUGGUCAGCUUGGCCAGCCUGACCAGUUGGUGCUCAUUAAGACCGGCUUUUUUGAAGUAUGGCUAACUCAGGCAGCACGGCUCAUCUCUAUGCAGGACCGCUUGAUCACCCUCUGUGAAGGUCGACAAAUUGCCAAGCAAGAGCUUGAUUUCGUUUACUCGAUGCAGUUCACGACGGUAUACUGA